AUGUCGUUGUUUCGCGUCGUCGAUUGGGUGUCCCAUCUGAUUCCAAAUGCCUCUGCUAUUGUGACUUCCCCAUUUUUUGAAGAUCGAGAGCAAUUAGUUGUCGGCUGCGAGGAUGGCCAGAUUUCCGUCAUCGACGCCGGCGAUAAGCAAUAUCAGAGCUCCAUCCUAUUCACAUAUCAAUCGGACCAUCCAGUCCUUCAAAUGGAAACCGGCGAAUUUCUUCCUUCGAUGCGAAAUAUUCUUGCCGUCUUAUCGCCGUCAAAAUUGGAUUUUUAUAAGCUUAAUUUUGAAAAAACCGAUGAAAGCAGCGUUUCGUUCGAGAAACUCUUUUCGCAUGCGAUGAGCAUUUCGGCAUGGAAUAUGUGCAAAGUGCUCACGGAGACAUCGCUUCAGCUCAUCGUGCAAACUAUCGAUUGCAAAAUCUCGUUGUUUCAAGGAGACCAAUGCGUCUUCGAGCAUUGUGCUCUUCGCGCCCUUCAUCCAGGUCCGAUCCUCUACUCAUCGCCAUCAUCAUCGCUGAUCACCGCCAACAAUGGCUUCUUGAAUUCCGUCAAAUUCAGCCUUCUAUCAAGCGGUUCCCAGAAACGGAUUAAUUACGACUGGUUUUUCAAUCUCGGCGACACCGCCCUUCAACUCGAAGUCUUCGAGUCCAAUCAGCCAUCGAUUCUGGUGCUGUGCCGACGCCACGUCACCUGUUUGUCGACGGGCGGCUCAAUUCAAUGGCAGAUUCGGUUCGAGGCGGUGGCGACGGCGAUGUGCGUUUACACCUCAUACGUUAUUAAUGAUCCACUCAAUAUUCGCUUCAUCGUCGCCACCAGCGACGACAAUCUUCUGAUUUACAACGAGCAAAAGCUCGUGUGGAAUUGUCAUGCUCACAUGACGCCAGUUGCACUGAAAGUCAGCUCAUACAACAAAAUUUAUGAGAACGUUCUCACGAUGCUGUCGGCCGAUGGUAAACUACUCAUUGGUUAUCUCGGCACUCAGCCGAAUCUCUAUAAGGUGCCGACUGACACAAAAAUCGUGAAUUUUGCCGAAAAAAUGGAGCAGCUCAAGGGUCUCGAGAAGAAGAUCAAAGAGAACGAGUCGUCGGGCGGCGGCGGUCUCGGCAAGAAGGACGGCAUCGGUUUGAGUCUGACAUUCGGCGAAAAAGGCAAACGCACGAUUGAGCACAAUGCGCGAAAUAAUGUGCCGUAUUGCACUCUUCAAUUGGAAUUCGCCAAUCUCGGCGACAUCACCAAAUUGCACAUCAACAUCAUGUCGGAGCUCGAGACCCCUUCGAAGCAAAUUGUCCUCAACGUUCCCGCCAAUCAAACCUCAACGAUGAUCGGCUUGCCGUUUUAUGUGGGAAACGCGAACAUCCCUUUAAACACUACUGUAACCGUUAUGGCACAUUGUUUCCAUUCUCAAACUUCUGUUGUCAAAAGCAUCAAAAUGCCGCUGGAUACAUUGUUUGGAGAGGCGCCGGUUGAUCGAAACGCGAAAUUCAAGUUGACAAUUGACACCGAUGCGCCGGUAGUGCCAUUGAAUCAACUAUUCAAAGAAUUCGAGUCCGAGAAUCCGCAAGCCAUCGGUUUUCUCGUUCACGGCUGCGACGCCGCCAACGUUUCCAUAUUCGCCGCGAGCAAGUCAAAUCGCUAUCGUGUUCAAUCCGAACACGUCGGACUCCUUGAAGUCGCGUUCGACGAGCUGAUCAGCCGGAUUCAAAGCGCCGUUGAGAAUGUGCAAAUCGGCGCGAACAUUCCAUUCGAGUACAUUUCCGAGAUUGUCGAAUUCAUACAAGAAGCUGAGAAGACGAAAAGCGUCGAGCAGACGACAAUCGAUAGUCGAAUGAAAGAGGUGCGAGCGAUUGAGGCGUUGAGUUUGAACAACUGCAAAAGCGGCAAUUUGGACACAGUCUCAUGCUUGGACGCGUUGUUUGAGAAGAGCUAUCGAGAGCUGUUGGAGCACAUGGAUCGAUAUACGGAACGAAAAUUGGGAAUUGAGGCGAAUUACGCGAAUUUGGCGUCGCUGUUUCAAUUGGCCUCGGAAAUCUCGAAAAUCAGCCGAGUCGAAACGAUAAUCAAUGGGAACUUCUAUCGAAAUACCCAACAGAGCCUUCGUGAUCGAUUGAUGUGGUCGGCGAGGAAUGAGAAGGGCACCGAAAUUCGAUUGAUCGAGAAACUCUGCGAGCAUUCGAAUAAGGAGUUGCCGAAAAUUAGAGAAGAAGACGAGGAAGGCGACGAAGCGUCAGCGGCGACCAAUUAG